CUGAAUAUGGAUUGGCUGAACUAUGCUGAUGAUGCAAGAGAAACCGUGCAGGAAAGAUUUUCCGAUCAAAUGGAUAUGGUUAGAGAUAUGCUCAAGAAAGUUGGUGGGUACGAAGUGGCGGAAAACUGGCUGAAAAGAAACAAAGUGAGAAUAUUAGAGAUACUAGAAAAUAACAUUAAAGGAGUUCCUCCCUUUGAUGUGUUGUGCCACGGUGACUGCUGGACCAACAACGUGCUCUUCAGAUACAAUGAAAAGGAGGUUCCUGUCGAGGUCAUGUUACUGGACCUGCAAAUGUGUCGCCAGGCAUCCCUCGCCACGGACCUCACCUACCUCUUCUACACCAGUCUAGAAGGCCACGUAAGAACAUCCAACCUUGAGUCGUUUCUAGACACUUACUACUCGGCUUUCCUUGGUGUCACCGAAGCGGGGAAGUCUUCUCUGCCCUUCUCCCGGCAGGAGCUUCGUCGGGAGUACAACCACCGCCUGGAAUAUGGCCUUUUGCUGGCGUUGCUGGCGACUGUAAUAGUUCUGUGCGAAGGCGACGUUGCUGAGGAAAACGAGGAAGACUUUUCGGAAUCUGUUAAAAAGGUUUUGGAGAAGUUGGUUUCCAAGUCAACAAUACUGCGCCCAAGAUUCCUCUGUAUGUUUGACGAAAUGAUCGAAAACGGAAUAAUAAGGUGAGGUGGUAAAGCUUUUUUUUUUUUUUUUUCUGGGAGUGAUGCACUUUAGAAAUAUUCCCUAUGUUAUUGUUAUUAAAAAUCAUUAUCAAUACUUUCUUGUAUUAUUACUACUGGCAUUAUUUUUCAAGUACUAGUCAGUAUUUUUUUUGACCAGUUGUUA